GAUGAUGCCCUCACAUCGACGGAGAAGUUGUGAGGUUGCUACGAUAAGGAUCUAACACACCGGCACUAGUCCAAGGCCACUGAGAAGAGAAAGAAGUCUUUUCACAAGGAAGGUGAAUCUAAGAUGUCCUUAAGCAGCAGCAGUUCAGCUGGGAAAGGUGUGGAUUCGAAUGCUGUUGAUGCCUACGACAGUGGGGAUGAGUGGGAUAUCGGAGUUGGGAAUUUAAUCAUAGACUUGGACGCAGAUUUGGAAAAGGAUCAGCAGAAAAUGGAAAUGUCGGGAUCGAAAGAUGGAAGCAUCCCGGUUCCAAGUGCAGUGGCAGCUCUGCCAGAGAAUAUCAAGUUUGUCACACCAGUUCAAGCACCUCAGGCUAAGGAGAGCAAAUCGAAGGCAAAGAGAAAUAAGAGUGCAAAGGAUGGGGGUAAAUCUGUGUCUGCUGCUUCCCUCUACUCACUGGGAGAAUCAGGAAGUGGGAAGAAAGAGAUGCAGGGCCGUUCUGGAGAUUUGACAAAUCCCAGCGGACUGGGGUCUUCCAACAGCACAUCCAAAGGGUCAGAAAAGGGCCCAAAGACAGUCCGGAACGGAGCCGGAUCGAAAAAGGAGAAGGAUGGUGGAUCGAGCAAAAGCAAAAAGGAUAAAAGUGAGAACAGUGGAGUUGUGCAACCUCCCCCUGGUAAUGAUCCGAAUGCUGCACAACAGCUAGGGUUGGGGUCAGGGUCAAAGGGCAGCUCAUUUGAAUGUGCUCCUGGCACGAGCUGCCCCGAUGGGGCUGCAAGUCAAGUGCUGGAUUUGGGAAAUGCACCAGUGGAUAGCAACACCAUCUCUAAUCUGUUGGGAAUUAAAACAGAGCCUGAGGAGGUUGAGAGUGAGUGUCGACCACUGAAGAAGAUGAAAACAGAGAAGGGCUGCUGUUCCUUCUAGUACUCUUAUCUGAUGAAUUUCUUCUCACUACAAAACACAAGAAGUGUCUAGUAUUUUAUGCCUAUCUAUGUUUGCCUGGCACUGGUCCACAUUUAGUCUGCUCAGACCUUCCAAACAAAAAGGUUUGGCAUCACGUACAAGAUUUUGUCUUUGGAGUCAGGACUCACUCACAGGAAGUCAUUUUCUCCAAAAAUACCAAGCAGUCUGGAUUUCCCCUUCUAAAUCUGUGUCGGCUACUACUAUUUAAAGAAUUAUUUAAGAACUAUGAUUUUAUCUUGAUAACUAACUCCAUGAUUUUGUC